ACGAAUUUACUUCGAAAAAACAUUCCAAAGAUAUCUAAUUACGUAGAAAAUUAAGAUAAAAGGCAUAAAAUUGGUUGUGUGGUGAUAAGAUCCCCCUAAUUGAACGAAGAUAACGACUAGCUAAUGCUAUCUCUCUAGUAGUUACUGUUUAUCAUUUAAUCAGUUGCUGUUCAGUUUGCUCUGCGUUCUCUGCCACGUACGUCCAGGUCGAUAUAAGCAUAAUGACUGACACAAAAUUCGAAAAUGUGAUCAAUUUCGGUGCCGGUCCAGCUAAAUUACCGCUAGAGGUUUUGAAAGAUGUGCAAAAGGAAUUACUUGGCUACCGCGAUACGAAAAUAAGCAUUCUCGAAUUAAGUCAUCGGUCAAAUGACUUUAACAACGUCAUCAACAGUGCCCAGGCCACAUUACGAGAUAUUCUGAAUGUUCCCGAAAAUUAUCAUAUUUUGUUCAUGCAAGGCGGUGGCACCGGAAUUUUUGCGGCAAUUCCUCUGAAUAUAUUAAAAACCGGAACUGCAGACUAUAUAGUAACUGGUUCAUGGUCGGCGAAAGCGGCGAAAGAGGCAGCCAAGUUUGGAAAAGUGAAUAUGGUGCUACCCAAAACAUCAAAAUACACAGAAAUUCCGGAUCCUUCUACUUGGAAAUUAGAUCCAAAUGCCUCAUAUGUUUAUUAUUGCGAAAACGAGACUGUGCAUGGAAUUGAAUUCGAUUUUAUUCCGGAGACAAAUGGAGUGCCACUUGUUGCUGACAUGUCAUCCAAUAUACUGUCAAAACCUUUCGAUGUAUCCAAGUUUGCAGUGAUUUUUGCGGGAGCGCAAAAAAAUAUUGGCCCGGCUGGUGUUACUUUAGUAAUCGUGCGGGAUGAUAUGCUCGGUUAUCCAAUGGAUGUAUGUCCAACAGUAUUGAAUUUUACCGUCAUGGCAAAUGACAACUCUUUGCACAACACUCCUCCCGUCUUUCAGAUAUAUGUAGUUGGAUUGGUUUUCGAAUGGAUCAAACGGAAUGGUGGCCCCGAAGGUAUGCAGAACUUUGCGAAGAAGAAGAGCAACAAGAUAUACGAUGUGAUUGACAAUUCAGGAGGUUUUUAUGUAUGUCCCAUCAAGCGAAACGCGCGUAGUAGGAUGAACGUUCCAUUCAGAAUAAAUGACGGUGACGAAAAGCUCGAAAAAGAGUUCCUUCUUGGUGCCGUAGCUCGCGGUAUGUUGCAGCUAAAAGGUCACAGAUCGGUAGGUGGAAUACGCGCAUCUUUAUAUAAUGCAAUUACAGAAGAAGAGGCAGAAGCAUUGGCUGAUUAUAUGAAAUGGUUUCAUAAUGAACAUACAAAUAAUCUGGAAAAUAAUUAACUAAACAUCUCAAGAAAAUGAUAAAAAUAUACAUUUUUUGAAAUUUUGACUUAAAAAUAUAGUUUUUUA